GAGAGGGCAGGCGAGGAGCGGCGUCACGCCGUCGGGGAGCGUGGAGCCCGGCGCGCGGCGGGCUACCUGGCGCGGCGCACGUGAAGCGGCCCCGGCUCACCUGCACGGGGGGCCCGAGCGAGGCGAGGCGCGCGGCCGCCAAUAGCACCGCCGCGGUCCGAGCGCCCGGCAGCGCCUCGGGCUUCCGCCGGGUCAGCUGACUGCUGCCCAGUGCGGAACUGCGAACCCGGCCCGCGCGCCUCGCCGCCCGCCCCGCCUGCCGUGCUGCACGCCUGCCCGCCCGCCCGCCGCGUCCUGGCUACCAUGGCCGGGCUCGUGGUCAGUGGAACUCAAGUGUCCUACAUAGGCCAGGACUGUGAAGAAAUCCCAGAGCACCUUGGCCGGGACUGCGGACAUUUUGCGAAGAGGCUUGAUUUGAGCUUUAACCUCCUGAGGUCACUGGAAGGACUGGGGGCGUUCGGGAGCCUGGAGGAACUCAUCUUGGACAACAAUCUGCUGGGGGACGACCUCGUGUUGCCAGGGUUACCGCGGCUCCAUACCUUAACCCUCAACAAGAACCGAAUAUCUGAUUUGGAGGGUCUGCUUAAUCACCUGGCAGAAGUGACCCCAGCUCUAGAGUAUCUCAGUCUGCUAGGAAAUGUGGCAUGUCCCAAUGAGCUCGUCAGCUUGGAGAAGGAUGAGGAAGACUACAAGAGAUACAGGUGUUUUGUCCUGCACAAGCUGCCCAACUUAAAGUUUCUGGAUGCCAAGAAGGUAACCAGACAAGAGCGAGAAGAGGCAUUGGUCAAAGGGGCCUUCAUGAAAGUGGUGAAACCCAAGGCUUCCAGUGAGGAUGUCAUGCCCUCUCCAGAGCGCCACUACACACCCCUGCCUUCUGCCUCCAGGGAGCUCACCAGUCAUCGAGGUGUCCUGGGCAAGUGCCGCUACGUUUACUAUGGGAAAAACUCGGAGGGCAACAGGUUUAUCCGAGAUGACCAGCUCUGAAGCCACGUCCUGUAUGCCUCUGCCCACUUUGUGAAAAUAAAGCAAAAGGGAAAAGCCAAAAUAAAGCAACAGCUGCAGAACCAAACAA